AGUCUGGCCAACGAGAUGUUUGGCUUCAAUGGCUGGGCUCAUUCAGUCACUCAACAGAAUGUUGACUUUGUUGACCUCAACAACGGCAAGUUCUACGUGGGGGUCUGUGCAUUUGUGAAAGUUCAGCUGAAGGAUGGGUCAUACCAUGAAGAUGUGGGGUAUGGAGUCAGUGAGGGCCUGAAGUCUAAGGCCUUGUCCCUUGAGAAGGCAAGAAAGGAGGCAGUAACAGACGGGCUGAAGAGGGCACUCAAGUGCUUUGGGAAUGCUCUUGGCAACUGCAUCCUAGACAAAGACUACCUCCAAGCCGUGAAUAAGCUUCCACGCCAGAUCCCUGAGGUAGAUUUGGUCAAAGCUAAGAGACAGGACUAUGAGCCUGAAAUAGAGAAAGCAAGAUACAGCAGCUGUUUGGAGAGGCAGAACACAGGAGGCAGGCACCACUAUGAGCUGGCAGCUAAUUGUAAGCCUGGUCAGAUGGAGGCUGCUGCAGCCACAGCAGAUCAGAAACAGCCAAACAGUUCCAGGAGCAGCAAUGCAGAGUCCUUAGCCACGGACUGCGAUGCCACCUACCAGCGGAAGCUGCGCCAGCAGCAGCUACAGCAGCAGUUCCGGAAACGCAUGGAGAAGAAGCAGCAGCUUCCAGCAGGCACUCCCAGCAGCAAGAGGGCAACACCUGUAAAACACAGCACUCCAGCAGCAAAACUACAGGAGCAAGCAGUUGAAGAGGAGUUCUUUGCAGAUGAUCCUGAGUUUUGGGACAUUUCCUUGGAGACCAUUGAUCUUAAGCUGAUGGGUCACAGAACAGCAGACCCACCAGCUGGACCCCAGACACCUAAAAGAUCCCCUGGAGGGCAUCAGAUGACUACUCGUAACAGGACACCUCACAGAGCCAAUUCCCACGCAGCCCCUGCUAGGCUGGCACAACUGCAGCCCUCUGCUGUGAUCAGGAGCAACAGCAGCUGUGCCAACCAGCACAACCCAGACUGCAGCCCCCACCUGAGAAGUCAAAGCUUGAAGAAGAGGAGGCUAGAACCUACGUAA